AUGUCGUGGCACCCACAGUACCGCAGCUCCAAGUUCCGCCACGUGUACGGCAAAGCUGCCAGCAAGGAGAAGUGCUACGACUGCGUGCCCAUCACCCGCAAUGUCCACGACAACCACUUCUGUGCCGUGAACCCCCACUUCAUUGCGGUGGUGACUGAGUGCGCGGGCGGGGGGGCCUUCCUCGUCAUUCCCAUCCACCAGACAGGCAAGCUCGACCCAAAUUAUCCCAAAAUAUGUGGGCACAAAGGGAGUGUUCUGGACAUCAAGUGGAACCCAUUCAAUGACUUUGUAAUAGCUUCGUGUUCAGAAGAUGCCACAGUUAAAAUCUGGGACAUCCCCAAGCACUUGCUAACAAGAAACAUUACCAUUCCGAAGAAGGAACUUCUUGGGCAUGUUCGAAGAGUGGGCCUCAUUGAAUGGCAUCCCACUGCUAAUAACAUCCUCUUCAGCUCCGGCUAUGACUACAAGAUAAUGAUCUGGAACCUUGACACGAAGGAGGCUGUCAUCUCGAACCCAGUGAAGAUCCUCGACGCUCACAAAGAUGUGGUCCUCUCCAUGUCGUUCAACACAGAUGGCAGUCUCCUUGCCACAGCCUGCAGGGACAGAAAGAUACGUCUGAUAGACCCUCGUGCAGGAACAGUCCUACAGGAAGCCAGCUACAAGUCUCACAGAGUCAAUAAAGUCUUGUUCCUUGGAAAUGUGAAAAAGCUGUUCUCUACUGGAACAUCUCGGUGGAAUAAUAGGCAAAUUGCAUUAUGGGAUCAAAAUGACCUUUCUGUGCCUUUACUGGAGGAGGAUCUGGAUGGCUCCUCGGGACUCCUGUUUCCCUUCUAUGACUCAGACACACACAUGCUUUACGUGGUGGGAAAGGGUGAUGGAAAUAUACGAUACUAUGAGAUAAGCCCUGAGAAACCAUACCUGAACUACCUGAUGGAAUAUCGUUCUCAUUUACCACAGAAAGGAAUUGGAAUGAUGCCAAAGAGAGGCCUUGAAGUGUCAGCUUGUGAGAUUUUCCGUUUCUACAAACUGAUCCCAACUAAAAGCCUGAUUGAGCCUAUCUCCAUGAUUGUGCCUCGACGGUCGGAGUCAUACCAGGAAGACAUCUACCCCUUGACCACAGGAGCCCAGCCAGCGCUGACAGCACAAGAGUGGCUGAACGGAGUUAACAAAGGGCCUCUCUUGGUAUCCUUGAGACCAGACAGCAGAAAACAGCUGAAAGUGGAGGAGAAAUUGCCGAAAAAUGAGCAAAUGUGCCUCUCCAAUGGCUUUGACAUAUUUGAGUGUCCACCACCAAAAACUGAAAAUGAGCUUUUGCAGAUGUUUUACCGGCAACAGGAAGAAAUCCGUAGACUACGUGAGCUGGUAAACCAGAGAGAUGUCCAAAUUAAACAGCUGGAGUUGGAGCUCAGAAAUCUCUGCAUGGACACAGGCAGUUACUGAGGGUGCUGGCCUGCAGCUCUUUG